AUGGCGGAAGCCGCAGGUCAUACGAAGGCGGUUGCCGCCCCUUUCUCCAUAGCGCUCGCUCCUCCACAUGCGGCGGCGGCUGCGGCGGUGCCAGAGCCGAAUUUCUCGGCGCCAAAUGCGGCGCCAAUCGCGGGAGAUAUCGAGACGCCGUUGAUUGAGCCUUCGCGCUCGCUGGGAGAUAGUAUGCCCGCUGGCACGCGCGUGGUGCGCCCAUGGGCGGGGGAGGGGGUGGGAAAGAAGGAAAUCACUACUGCAGAGGACCAGCUCCGCUCUCUUCAUCCGCCUGCCGCCCCUCCACUGGACAAAUCCCCCUCUCUUGCCUCUCCCUUCUCCCCCUUGCACCAAAUCCCCUACCCUCUCCCCGCCUUUCCCCUUUCCCCCCUCCCCCAGCCAGUGGACAGGACCAGGUCGGGUCUUUUCAUCCGCCUGCCGGCCCUCCAGUGGGACAAUCCCCCCGUCUCCUCUCCCCCUUCCACUGGGCUAAUUCCCAUUGCCCCAUUCCGCCCAAUCCCCAUCUCCCCCCCUGCGGCCAAUCCCCCUUACCCCUUCCCCAUUCUUUUCCCCAGCUCCUGGAGAGGACCAGCUCCGCUCCCUUCAUCCGCCUGCCUCCCCUGCAGUGGGCUAAUCCCCCCUUCCCCGUCCCCCGCUUUCCACUCUACUGGAGAGGACCAGCUCCGGCCUUUUCAUCCGCAUACCGCCCCUCUCGCCAGCCAAAGCGGCGCUCGGCUUCAUGGGACCACCAACCCCUCCCGCCCUUCAUGCCUGUUGUCUCCGCUCUCUGCACACUUGCUGAGCGUGUGUGCAGCAUUCACGGUGCGCACGAUUCGAAUCGACGGCUCACAGCUGCUGCACACGUGGCAGCUGUUUGAUUGGAGCAUCGACACCACCAUCCCCACCGCAUCCAUCAUUCGAGUGUCUCUUUGCAAACUGGAGAGGCGCUUCAGCACGACGUAUUUCUGUCGAGUCACAGCAGCAGACGGCAAGCAGCUUGACUUUGGGGGGCAUCUUUCCAAAGAGGAGUGUGUGUGGCUGCAGCUCGAGGUGUCCUCGUUCCUGCUCGGCCUAGCUGCGGAGUCCGUUUGA